AGUACACUGUAUUGAACCUGUACUCUGUGCAUAAUUGUGUACAUUUAUACUAGUGGUCGCACGAGUGUGGUCCAGUGCGGGUCAGCAUGGCGACUCGACCGGUGUUGUCCGCCAUCUUGGUUCUAGCCACUGUUGUCGCCGCCGUGUGCGCUGAAGUAACAGGAAAAGCGCCGGUACUAGAAUUAAACGAUGGAAAGAAAAUACCACAGUUCGGCCUCGGGACAUGGCUCGGGUUCCAGAAAGCAGGUGGCCUAGUGAAGCCAACCGGCACAGAAGUGAAGGCGGCCGUGGAGUGGGCCAUCGACGCCGGCUACAGACACAUCGACACAGCCUUCAUCUACGACACCGAGGGGCAGGUGGGAGCCGCCAUCAGAGAGAAGAUCCGGCAAGGAGUGGUGAAGAGGGAAGACCUGUUUGUUACCACUAAGCUGUGGAACGACAAGCACGCUCGCGACGCGGUGGUGCCGGCGCUGCGGGAGUCUCUGAAGAAGCUGGACCUGGAGUAUGUCGACCUCUAUCUGAUACACUGGCCCAUUGGACAUUAUCCCAACAUAACCUACGACGACACAGACUACGUGGACACGUGGAAGGGCAUGGCGGAGGCGCGGGAGCUGGGGCUGGCGCGCUCCGUCGGCGUCUGCAACUUCAACCAGGAACAGCUGGAGAGGCUCAUGGCGUCCAGCCCCGUGAAACCGGCUGUGCUGCAAGUUGAGCUGAACCUGAAUCUUCAACAACCUGAGCUCCGUUCCUUCUGCAAGUCGAAGGGCAUCGUGAUGAUGGCGUACACCCCGUUCGGCUCCUUGUUCCCGGACAAGGCGGCUUCGGACGCGCCCCCCCCGCGCGUCGCAGACCCCGAGCUGAAGACGAUAGCGGAUAAAUACAACAAGACCGUGCCGCAGAUUGUGCUGAGAUAUCUGGUUGAACUCGGCGUGAUUCCGAUACCGAAGUCCAUUACCAAGAAGCGUGUGGAGGCCAACAUCGACAUAUUCGACUUCUCGCUCACUCCUGAAGAGAAGGCGAAGUUGAAGAGUUACGACAAGCAUUACCGGACCAUCGCUGUGAAAUUCUGGGCCAGUUCUAAAGACUAUCCGUUUGAGAAGAACUAAAUUUAUUUCAUAAUGCAGCUUUUAAAGUAAACAGUAAUGUUAA